CACAUUUGGCUAAGCUUGGGUAAAGAGAUUGUUGGUGCUACCGCAUCUUUAAGCAGACUGAAUUAAACAGUGAGCAUCUUGACAAGUGAGCUAAUGCCAUCAGCAUAUAGUCUUCUUUCUGCCUACUUAUCUCUCAUCACAGAAAGUGGAAAUCUCCACUGGUGAGGAUGGGAAAGACCAUCUCCCUUUGACAUCCGGGUGAUGUGCCUCAUCUGUACUUGUUUCUUUCUCCCCCACCCGUCAGAUAGGGCAGAUGGUUUAUCCCGAGGUAGUUUUCUUCAUUGAGACUUUGUUAGCAUGUCAAGCUGUGCAAGGGCUGCCUUUGCGUCCAUCUCCUCCUCCUCUGUGUGUCUCUGUAGGGAGGAGGAGGCGGGGGUUUCCUCAGAAUAGCACAGCCCAGACAGAAGGUGGAAGGCAGAGGAUUGCUCCUCACCUGCUUGGCAGGCAAGGUUCACCAUUACCCGGAAGUUCUUCCUUGUGAGGAGGUGGGAGGAGGGGGUCUUUUCUCCCUUGAUGCAGUGAGCAUCCACCACCUCCUCCUUGCUGCUUCCAUGGGGUCUGUUUGAGAGGAGUCCACAGAGAUGGAGAGAUGCUUCCCUCCUGGCACUGACUCAGGCUCUGUAAUCCUGGGUUGCUAUGGGAAUCUUAUGAUAAUCUGAGAGGAAGUAAAUCCCCGGUAACAUUGCAGUUACUCAUGAUGUGCUUGAACUGAAGGGGAAGGGAAGAACUUAACAUAUCGAAGGGCCAAAGCUCUGCUGUGUCAUGGCUACAGAUUCUGGUGAAUCAGCUAGCACAGAGGAAUCGGAGAAACCUGAUGGGGUUUCUUUGGAAAGUAGGAGCCCCUCUGUUGAUGCUUCUAUGACCAUGGAGGCCAGGAUGAAAGAAGGCGUCAGCACACCGACUGCCUCUGGGGCAGCUACAGAGAGGAAAAGGUUCUUCCGAAAGAGUGUGGAGAUAAUGGAAGAUGAAAAAGUUCUGGAGCCCGCUCCCAGGGAUGAACAAGAACAAUUCAUGGUAGGUGAGCAGAAGAUUGACCAUCUCUCUGCCAGCAUCCUGGUGACUGGUCAGGAGGCCAGAAGUGAGCAGGGCUCAAAGGUCAAUUUGGAAGCCUUGAAGGAAAGGACCAAAAAAGAGAUAGAGGAGGAGGCAGAGAUGAAGGCUGUGGCUACGUCGCCGGGUGGAAGAUUUCUGAAAUUUGAUAUUGAGCUGGGAAGAGGAGCCUUCAAAACAGUUUUCAAGGGGCUGGACACAGAAACCUGGGUAGAAGUUGCUUGGUGUGAACUGCAGGACAGGAAGCUGACCAAAGCAGAACAGCAGAGGUUUAAAGAAGAAGCAGAGAUGCUCAAGGGACUGCAACAUCCUAAUAUUGUCCGAUUUUAUGAUUCCUGGGAAUCCACAGUCAAAGGAAAGAAGUGCAUUGUAUUGGUUACUGAACUGAUGACGUCUGGAACACUGAAGACGUACUUAAAGCGUUUCAAAGUCAUGAAGCCAAAGGUCUUAAGAAGCUGGUGCCGACAGAUCUUAAAAGGGCUGCAUUUUCUGCACACCAGGACCCCUCCUAUAAUCCACCGUGACUUGAAAUGUGACAAUAUCUUCAUCACAGGACCAACUGGUUCAGUGAAGAUUGGUGACCUGGGACUGGCCACUUUAAUGCGCACAUCGUUUGCUAAGAGUGUUAUUGGAACUCCUGAAUUCAUGGCUCCCGAAAUGUAUGAAGAACAUUACGAUGAGUCUGUGGAUGUCUAUGCAUUUGGAAUGUGCAUGCUGGAGAUGGCAACUUCUGAGUACCCUUAUUCUGAAUGCCAGAAUGCAGCUCAAAUAUACAGAAAAGUAACCAGUGGUAUUAAACCUGCCAGUUUUAACAAGGUGACUGAUCCAGAAGUGAAAGAGAUCAUUGAAGGAUGUAUUCGGCAAAAUAAGUUGGAAAGGCUGUCCAUCAAAGACCUCUUGAACCAUGCUUUCUUUGCUGAGGACACUGGACUCAGAGUGGAGCUCGCAGAAGAUGAUGAUGGACUGAAUUCUUCGCUAGCUUUGAGACUUUGGGUGGAAGAUCCCAAGAAGCUGAAAGGCAAACACAAAGACAAUGAAGCUAUUGAGUUCAGUUUUAAUCUGGAAACAGAUGUCCCAGAGGAAGUAGCUUGUGAAAUGGUAAAGUCAGGAUUCUUCCAUGAAAGUGACUCCAAAGCUGUGGCUAAAUCCAUUCGGGAUCGUGUUGCCCUGAUUAAGAAAACCCGAGAAAGAAGGCAGGUGGACUACUUGGAGGAGAGGAGGGACUCUCAAAGCAAGUUGCCAAGUGGUUUGCCUCUGCUCCAGCCACAAGGUUCAUCAUUCACUGCUGCUUCCCAGCAGAAUAAGACAGAGUGUGAAGAAACAGAGGUUGAUCAACAUGUCCGGCAGCAUAUCCUUCAACAAAUGCCGCACAGUUCCUCCAUCACUGCUGACAGCUUAUCUGACCGAGGAACAGGAUCAGUGAUAUUGUCAGAUGCCUCCAGCCAACAUAGCCUUCCCUUCUCUUCAGAGCAGAUGAUGGGCACCCAGCAAGCUCCUAGCCUCUCUCAAGCUGAAAACAGUGUUCAAGGGCCCAUCUAUACUUCUCAGCAGCUGAUGGGACAUUUCCAGCCUAUAGCAGGGCCUUCAGAUUCCCAGGUAUCGUACAGUGGAGAAGGACAGACCUUGGAUGGAUCCAUGAUGGGAGUCCCUCAGCAGAUCUUGACAGUAACUUCCCCUCAGAGUAUACCUGCUCCACAGAUAACAAACCAGCAACUGUCAGCCAGCAUACAACUGGCAUCUCCUGCUAGAAUCAGUAGUCAGUCUUCAGUUGCUGCAGGAUCAGUGGAACUGGAACAUGCUCCUGCCAGUUCCAUGCCUGGCAGUCAUUCAUCUGUUCAACAGGGGCAGCCCCCCAGUUCAGUACCACCCAUGCAAGUUACCCAGCAGAUGGCAUCCAUGCAACAAACCCAGCAAAUGGGCCAGCAUGUAGCAUCUAUACAGCAGGUUCCCCAACAGUUGGUGGCUACACAGCAGACCCAGCAAGUUCCCCAGCAGAUGACAGCCAUGCAGCAAGUUCAGCAGAUGGCAUCCAUACAGCAGACCCAGCAAGUUCCCCAACAAAUGGCAGCCAUGCAACACUCCCAGCAAAUGCCACAGCAAGUGGCAGCCAUGCAGCAGCCACAGCAGGUUUCCCAACAGAUGACAUCCAUGCAGCAGCCUCAGCAAGUCCCCCAACAGGUGGCAACCAUACAACACCCCCAGCAAAUGCCACAGCAAAUGGCAUCCAUGCAGCAGCCGCAGCAAGUUCCCCAACAGAUGACAUCCAUGCAGCAGCCCCAGCAAGUCCCCCAGCAGGUGGCAGCCACGCAACAGUCCCAACAAAUGCCACAGCAUGUGGUGUCCAUGCAGCAGCCCCAGCAAGUCUCCCAGCAAGUGGCAGCCAUGCAACAGCCUCAGCAAAUGCCACAGCAAGUAGCAUCCAUGCAGCAGCCACAGCAUGUUCCCCAACAGAUGACAUCCAUUCAGCAGCCCCAGCAAGUCCCCCAGCAAGUGGCAGCUAUACAACACCCCCAGCAAAUGCCACAGCAAGUAGCAUCCAUGCAGCAGCCACAGCAAGUUCCCCAACAGAUGACAUCCAUGCAGCAGCCACAGCAAGUCCCCCAGCAGGUGGCAGCCAUGCAACAGCCCCAGCAAAUACCACAACAUGUGAUGUCCAUGCAGCAGUCCCAGCAAGUCCCCCAGCAAGUGGCAGCCAUGCAACAGACUCAGCAAAUGCCACAGCAAGUGGCGUCCAUGCAGCAGCCCCAGCAAGUCCCCCAGCAUGUUGCAGCCAUGCAACAGUCCCAGCAAAUGCCACAGGCGUCCAUGCAGCAACCACAACAAGUUUUCCAGCAAGUGGCAGCCAUCCAGCAGCCCCAGCAGGUUCCUCAGCAAGUGGCAACCAUGCAGCAGCCCCAGCAAGUUCCCCAGCAGUUGCAGCAAGUGGUGUCCAUGCAGCAACCCCUGCAAGUUCCCCAGCAAAUGGUAUCCAUGCAGCAGCCCCAGCAAAUGACCCAGCAAAUGGUGUCCAUGCAACAGCCCCAGCCAGUUCCCCAGCAAAUGGCGUCCAUGCAACAAUCCCAAAUGGUUCCCCAGUCGCUGACUUCAGUGCAGCAACCCCAGCAAAUACCCCAACAAGUGGUUUCCAUGCAGCAGGCCCAGCAGGUUCCUCCACAAGUGGUAUCCACACAACAUCUCCAGACAACAUCAGUCAUGCAACAGUCUCAGCAAGCUCCCCAGCAAAUGGGCUCCAUUCAACACUCUCCACAAGUUCCCCAGCAAGUUAGCUCCUUCCAACAGCCUCAGCAGGUUGCAUCUAUACAUCAGGUCUCUAACAUACUGCAGCCAGCAGCACCAACACAACAGUGCUCACAGUAUCCAAGAAUGCCUGUAAGUAUUCCUGGGCAGUCAUCCCUAUCUCAGCAAGAACAGCAAGUUAUUCAGAUUCACCAGUCCACAGACCAGCACCCUGGUGUAAUGCAACAGAUGUUAUUCCACUUGCCUGUUCAGCAGUCACAACAGGAGCAGCUUGUUCUCCCUUCUAGUUCUACAGAGCAGUUGCCAGUUGCACCUCAGAGAGAUGUAGAAAAGCAGCAGCAGGCCUCUGAGCUUUCUGGUUCAACUCCAGAACAGGUUGCUUAUUCCAUGCAGAAUCAAUACCAUCUCCAAGCCCAAGAGCAACUAAGCUAUCAAGUUCAGCCCUCACACCAGCUACCAGUUUCAGAGCAACUGGCAUAUCAAAUACAGCCAACAAACCAACAGCAGGCCCCAGAGCAAGCUGCAUGCCAGGUGCAUGUCACAUACCAAAUGCAGGGCCCAGAUCAACCUCACUGCCCAGAGCAACUGGGUUAUCCAGCAUCUGGGGCUUAUUCAGGACAGGCCUUGGAACCAGCAACAUACCCAGUGCAGCCUUUCCCCCAAGGGCAACAGGCCACAUUCAGAACCCAGCCACCACCAUAUCUUACUCAAGUUCCUGAAAUGCAGCAUUCUCACCUAACUGUACAGGCCACAGAUCAGCCAAAUUUUGCUGUACACUCUCCUGAGCAAUCACUAUAUAUGAUGAAGGAUGGCGGCACUGACUGCUUGGAACAGCAGACCUGCUUGGCGCAACCAGGGGAGGUCCUUUCCUAUCCUUCAGAGCUACACCAGUCUGAGCCACCAACAUAUCUGAUCCAGCAAGAUAGCAGCCUAGGGCACCAGCAAUCGCCUCAUGUGAUGCACAGGACUGCAGAAAAACAACAGCCAGAAUUGCAAACCCCUUUUGUCCCAUCUCAACCAUCUUUUGUACCACAAAUGCAGCCACAAUCUCCAUAUCAGGAAUUCAACCAGCAUUCUGUUCCUCAGCCGCAACAAGUCUCCAUCCCUCAGUCAGUUCCAAGCAUGUUACAGAUGGCAUCUUCUGUACCAGAACAGUCAGAACCAGCCUACGGAGUCCAGCAACCACCAGAAGUGUCAGAGCUCCUGCCCAACACAAGUCUCAUCCAACCAUCCCAAGCAUUUCAGCCAGCUGAGAAUAACCAGUCAUUUACUGCAGUGCAGCCAGCAUAUGUUCAACAGCAGCCAAUGUGUCAAACAUCAGUAUUCACAGGAGAGUUGGGCCUUCAGAACCAGGUGCCUCCUCUGGUGGCAUCCCUGAAUCAGCAAACUUCACUUAAUUCAUUGAUACAACCAAAACAAGAACAUGUACAAGGACAAGAUAUCCCACAGGUUUCUAUCUUAGCAUCAGAGGAGCAACACACAGUUCAAAAACAAGAUUCUGUUCAAGGACUAAUCCCUGAACCAGCCAUUGUGAAAGAAGCUGCCAAUGGCUGUGACCUUCCAAGUGGAAAUGGCAAACAAGACAAAAGCAAACAAAGGAGGACCUCCUGUGCCCGACCAGAGAAGGGAACCAAGUUUCAGCUCACUGUGUUGCAGGUGUCAACAUCAGGCGACAACACUGUGGAAUGCCAGCUCGAGACUCACAACAACAAGAUGGUCACAUUUAAAUUUGAUGUUGAUGGAGAUGCUCCAGAAGAUAUUGCUGACUACAUGGUUGAAGACGACUUUGUGUUGGAAACUGAAAAAGAGAAAUUUGUUGAUGAAUUGAGGGCUAUUGUUUCCCAGGCCCAGGAUAUCAUCCGUAGUAUUCCUAUUGAAGAUAGAUCCUCUGGCUUAGAAUCGGUUCCUUCAGAUCCAGCCAAUACCCAAACAGGAUCUUCUGAACAAGUUCAGAUAAACCCAGCAUCUACUCAAACUGGCAGUGACUCUGCUCCCCAGUCAUCCCCUGUUGGCCGCUGGAGAUUUUGCAUCAAUCAGACAAUAAGGAACAGAGACUCCCAGCCACCUUAUACUCUUUUACAGUCAACAACAGCUGUCCCAGGAUGCCAGAUGACAGAUCAUUUAAAGGAAAACACCAAAGAAGAGAGCCCUCAAGAUUAUUCACAGACUGUGGAAAAUCUUAGCAACCAGCAAAGGCCUACUCCUUCUUUGAGCUCAAAUGAUCUUAGAAGUGACAGCAUGAUAUCUGAGCCCCAAAUCUUGGAAACUGAGGGAUCAGCUUGUCCUCACCAAGUGGAAGUCAGCCUGGAUACCCUGCUACCUGCCACUGCUGGUGACAACAGCGAUGUCCUUACUCACAAUUCUUCUUCCUGGGUUGAGUCUUCAACGUCAGAGACUCAAGGUGAUGAAACCUGCUUGCCCUCCCACCCACCCUGUCCAACAGCAGGCAGUGCUGAACUGAAUUUGUCUAUUGAGACCUUCCUGUCCAGACCAGUAGGGUGUCACAUGCUGGCCACUGAGGACAUGGAUAAUUCAAUGAAUCCUGAACCGGCUGGUGCUGUGGCUCAGACUCCAGUCCAAGAAGGUGCUCUCUUCACAUCUGCUCUGGAGUCAGACAGUGAGGGUCCCCCUAAGAUGGAUUUUGUUGACAACAACAUCAAGACUCUGGAUGAGAAACUAAGGACGCUUUUGUAUCAGGAACACAGUUUUUCGGGCACUUCCCCUGAGAGCCAGAAAGACACACAAAGUGCUGUGGAGUCUCCAUUUUCCUCAUCUGCUGAAGAUUCUCUCCCCUGCCCAGUAUCAGAAGUGCCCGAUACUAAUUCCCCCAAAGAGACCGAGCAAAGUCCCACUGAGCUUUCAGAUCCCCAAACUAUGCUCAUCCCAUCUGCAAGUCAUCCUGACAGUCUGCCGGUGCUCAGGCGAGAGCCCAGUGCUAUCACAUCUGCUCCUAGUGAUCUCUGCAAACACGAGAUGUCCCCGGAGGCUUCAUUUCCUGAGAACCCUGUGGCCUGUCCUGCUUCAGCAUCAAGUGGUGGAGCUGUGCACCUGCAUGCAGGAGAGGAGAUGGCUGGGGAUGUUGCUCCUGACUGGAUUUCUCUCUCUGAACAAGCAGCAGCAGAGGAUAAAGGAACUGGUCAAUCUGUGGCUGGAUCAUUCCAACGAGGUCGAUUUCAGGUAAUCACAGUGCCACAGCAGUUGGUCUCAGAUGGUGUGGAAAGUGAACACUGUGAGGUCCCUCCUUCCUCGGAGCCUAUGAGAGAAGGAGAAAUUGCUAUAUUGGCCAGUGUUGUAGGUGAAACAGACGCAUCAUCCACCACUCCUGAGCAGCGGGAACUAGAGGAGACCUCAGCUACUGCAAGCAGCAUACAGUCUAGCUCAGAGCCCUGGUCCAAAGGUGGCUUUGUGCGGAAGCAACCGAGCUCUGAUAGUGAACUUUCUGCCCCCAUGGGUUGUAACCUAGAAGGCUGGGAACGAAGCCGGCAGACACAUGAAGGCAGGAGUAGCACCCACACAAAGAGGCGCAGUUCCUUAUUUUACUCUCCAUCAUCUCCAAUGAGCAGUGAUGAUGAAUCUGAGAUUGAAGACGAGGACCUGAAGGUGGAGCUGCAACGUUUGCGGGAGAAACACAUACAGGAAGUAGUGAAUCUUCAGGCUCAGCAGAACAGAGAGUUGCAGGAAUUAUAUGAGCGCCUUCGUGCCAUCAAAGAUAGCAGAUCAGAAUCAUCCGAGGUCUCCCUGCCACUGUCGUCUCCACGCCGGCCGAAAUCUUUCAAAAGCAAGCUGCGCAGCAGGCCCCAGUCUCUCUCCCAUGUCGACAAUGGCCUUGUGGCUGCUGAAUGCUGUUGUGCUACUACUGCAGCCUCUGUGAUAGACUAUCAAUUGAGCAUUCAAGCCCAUUUGCUGCACCAGAGCUGUUCGCAAGCAGAGACAAGCCAAGACCAGCUCUGCAUCGUUAGCAGCACUGCUUCAUGUCAACAGACUACAGCCAGCAAGAAAGGGAUGUUUACAGAUGACUUACAUAAACUAGUGGAUGAUUGGGCAAAAGAAAAGGUGGGAAACUCUCUUAUCAAGCCAAGUCUUAACCAGAUCAAGCAGAACAAGCACCGGCUGGACACCGAUAGUUGGAGCAAAGUAUAUGAGACAACAACAUCUACAGUGGGCUACACAUCCACAUGGAUUUCCUCCCUUUCCCAAAUCCGUGGGACUAUACCAGCUGCUUUGCCCCAAGGACUUCCCCUGUCGCCCUUUUCUGGAACACUAUCGCCGUACGGAGUGCCGCAUGUUUGCCAGUACAACACCAUGACAGGGACAGCUUACCCUGUACAAUGGAUGGGCAUUUCAGGGACGACCCCACAGCCUGUCGUCGUCCCUGCUCAGCCUGUGGGACCCUUCCAGCCAGGGAUAAGCAUGCCAGCCUUCCCAGCCUCACCUGUGCAGAAUCCUGCUCCCAUCCCUCCAGGUCCCAAAUGAAUGGCUGAUGGCUCAAGGAGGAUAGAUAUGGGGACUGUGCCUAUAACUCAUGAUUCCAUUCCUCUGCCUUGCAUUCUGCAGCCUGGAUUGUUGGGGACAGGGUGAAUUCCCCAAUGCAGCAAAGUGUGAUGGGAGUGGUAGGAGACUGCCUUUGCAUUCUCCUCUUUGAAUACUUGAUUUAAUUUUCUUUUUGGGGGCGGGGAUUGAGUAUUUUUCUUUUUUUAAAAAAAAGUACUUGAGAGAGAUUUGGCCUGUGCAUCUCAUUGUUUGGAGAUGGACAGCAUGCCCAUGUGCUGCUUAUUAUUAAUGAGCCUUCCUUGCCAUUCUUGCCCCAGUGCCCCUUGUUUGCUUCUGUUACUAUUGGGUUUGGUUUUCUUUUUGGGGGUGAUAGUAACUCUUCUUAAACUGUACACCUUUUCGCAUUUGAGUUAAUGUACUGAAGGGGAGGACACAGCUCCCCUUAGUUUUCUGUUUGUCUGGUUUCAUUGUCAGCUCAGAUUGCAGGCUAGCAUGGGAAAAUGAAAAAGAAAGAAAAAACAUUGUUAGCCUGACUAGCUGCUGCUGAUUCCUGUGGUAAACCUGUGGAUCCUCAGAAGAAGACACACAAAACAGUUGUCAUAAAUUAGUUAAUUUUGCAAGGUUUGUAGUUGUUCCUGGGCAAUUAAUGGCAGCUAGAUUCCUCGUACGCACACUGCAUUCAAUAGAUGUAUAUGGGUUAUUGGCCAGAUUUUUGUACUUGAGUUUUGGGGUUGUGGUUGUUUGUUUUUUUAAAGCUUAUUUUGCAGCUGACACAAAUCUUCUAUUAAGGAGAGGUGGGGGCAGUAGCAGAGGGAAUGGGAACAGAAGGGGGAAUUGCCUAGGGUGCUUUUUAAAAAAACAAUUGUCCCAUCUCACCCAUUUGCACCUCAUUUGUGAUCCAUACUUAACACAGUUUUUAUCGACUGAAAAAUUAUGCAUGGAAACAGGGUCAUGGGUACCAAUUGGACUGCUUAACAGUGGAUUAAAUACAUGGAGGCUCAAUAGUUUAGAUGAGCCAAUGUUGUCUCUUGCAGCUUAAGAUGCUUAUGUGGUUGCUGUGCGUGUUUGGCUACUGCCAAGAGAAAGCAUUCCAUCUUUGCAGAGAACGUCUGAAAGAUAAUCAAGCUUUACAAACAUGUGCAGCAAUAAUAAAAAAAAGAUAUCCUAACAUUUUAGCUACAUCCAGCCUAAACAAGAAAAAAAACUACCAGUUCAAAACGGUUUGGGAAUCUGGAAAUUAGCUGAAAAAAAUUGACUGAAAGACCACCACUUAGAGUUUUAUAUUUCCACAGCCUCCCAAUUUUACAAACUGUAUUUCAACUCCCCCAUGCCUAUGCUUGGCAAGAUCUUCUUGCCAAAGAAAUCGCUCAGUUUGAUGGUUGCCUUAAUUGGGUCGUAGAUUUAAUUUACUGGGACUAAUGUUGUAGUCUUUGUUGCUUUAUUUAUAUGGAUUCUUAAUGGGGGUUUCCCCCCUGUUUCAGUUAUUUUAGACUAGUGGGUUGCUUCAUUUAGGAACCCAAAAGCUUUGAAAUAUUUGCUGUUGCAUCCAUAUGUUGAGUUCCUUUUCCCCUUCAGGCAUUUGGAUUAAGAAUUGCAAAGCUCUGCUUUUAUUUUGAAUCCACAAAGUUAAAUGAUUGUCUUUGGGGUGUUGCAAGAGAUUUUCAAUGAUGUUGAACAUUGAAAUGGGCUUGCUUUGCUGAAGAAAAGUAAAAGGUAUGUAGAGGUGGUUAUAACUCAUGACAAUGUAAGAAAGCAGAUCAGUGGAUCAUGUAGCUUUUUAGAUGUCUUUGGAGUGCAGCUCUCAGCGUUCCUUACCACUGGCUGUGCUUGCUAGGGCUUAUAGGAGUUGCAGUUUAGUAAAAUCUAGAGAGCCACAUGAUUCCCAUUCUUAAAUUAAAACGAAGUAUCUGAGGUUCAGCCAGUUGCGCCCAGUUUAAAACAAUGGAAUGAAAUCAAAACAUUUUGGCUUAAUAGUGUUCUAAUUGGAGUGUCAGGCCCACCUAGAAUACUUUUAGCUGCAGAGAUGAACUGUUUGUUUGAACUUAGCCUCUUAAAAUGGUAUUGGAAGAAUAAGUGAAUCCCGGAACAACUGGGUGUUUUGCAUCUUCCUUCCCUCCCUUUUCAUCAGGAGAAAAGACCCUGUUUCCCAUGUAUAAUGCAGCCUCCUUGUUCUGCCUGCAAAGAAUUGCAGUGCCUUGUGAUAGAUAAUCUUUAGCAUCUUUUCAGAUUUUUACUGGAAAGGUAAAAAAGUAGUUGUAGUCUUUUGAAGUUUGAUGUUUGAACAGUGCAUUGCUGUACAUCUCAUAAUGAUCUGCAGCAGUGGAAUUAUAUGUACUUGAUGGGGAGAAGUUUCAGUUUGAAGAAAUGAGAACAGUGUUACAUCUUUCUUUAAAAAAAACCUCAUAAAACACAUCCUUUAUUUUUUUAAAGUUGGUUCUUUUUUCUUGUUGGCUUUUCUAAAAUAGACUUUGACUGCAAAGUUAGGGAGGGGCAGACAGAAAAGAAUGGAAUUUUUUGCUGUACUUGAAACGUACUUCCAAGAUAACUGGAUGGAUCCCAAAAUACAAACUAUUGGAAAAUUAUACCUGGAGGCCACUUCAUGUUUUCUGCAACAACUGUGUGUGUGCAUUGAGUAUAUCAUUGGUACCUCAGGGUUUUUGCAGCAAACAUGUUCAGUGUGAAUGACUUUAGGGUUCAUGGUCCAAUGAUAGGUCUCAGGUACAUGGAAAGAGAUCUGUAAGGAUGUGCACCUGUCAUUCACAAGUUAUGUGUUUUAUGGGGCAAGGUGGGAAACAUCAUGAAAGAGCAGUAUAAUUAACACAAUUGGGCCCAAACAGACAGGCCAAAAUAAAGCUGCUUCACUUCACUUUGGAGGUAUGCUGUUUAAAUG